CGGUGGUGGGCCUCGGGCUGGGGAGGAACAUGAACCCAGAGCUCAUCAAGGAGGGCGACGACGUAUACUUCGAGUGCAGCAUCGAGGCCAACCCGACCUUCCACGGCGUCGACUGGCACCACAACGGGGUGGAGCUGGUGCACAACAUGAGUGCUGGAGUGGUGAUGAACGGCCUGGACCUGGUGAUCAGGAACCUCCAGCGACGACACUCCGGCUCCUACACCUGCACGGCCGCCAACACUGAGGCCCGAACCACCAGCAACGCCGUCCACCUCACCGUCAGGCACGCGCCGGUGUGUGCCGGGGACAAGCGGGAGAGGACCCAGGGCGCCGCCAGGGGGUCGACGGCAGCGGUCAAGUGCACAGUAGAAGCUGAACCCUCACACGACCUCACCUGGACGUGGAUCAGGAAGCGGGCGGAUGGCAGCGAGGAGGAGGUGCCUCGUGAGGACGUGAGGAGUGAGGGACUCACCUCCAGUGUCCUCCUCACACCUCACACACCCGACGACUACGGUAGACUCCUCUGCAGCGCCGCCAACGCCGUCGGCAGUCAACUCACAACCUGCGUGGUGAACCUGGUGCCGGCCGGGCCCCCAGACACGCCCACUAACUGCUCUGCCACCCCUGGCAAGCCGCCCACCGCCCACUCUGCCACCCCAGGCAGGCCGCCCAACCACCCCUACACUGCCUCCCUCUCCAUCACCUGCUUGGAGGGCUUCGACGGAGGACUUCCCCAACACUUCCUGAUGGAGGUGUGGCAGCAAGGAGACCUCAUCGCUAAUAUGACCAGCGAGUACCCGGAGUGGGUGGUGACUGAUCUGCGGGCGGGCGUGGGCGUGUCUCUGAGGGUAUCCGCCCACAACGCCCGCGGUAGGAGCGACCAGCUAGUGAUGGAGGUACACACGACCAGCGCCCAACAGCAUGCGGCUCCUGAUGCCGCGGGCGUUGUGGACAUCCCGCCCAUCCUGGGAGCCGCCCUGGGGCUGGUGGGCGUGCUGCUGCUGCUGCUGAUAGUGGGCGUGGUCGUCGCCAAGAAGGUGAGGACCCGCCGACGCCCGCAGAAGGUCUCCAUCGAAGUGCCGUUAACGCCCACGAUGGGCGAGGGCUUCGACCCUGACGUCGUGGCUUCGAUCCAAAGACGCCCUCCGAGCCUCGAUGUCAUCCCGCAGGACGACGACCAAGACGACGAACGCUCGUACGAACACCAUCGACUGCACGACGACGAUGAUGACGAUGAUUCGGAGUCGCAGACGCCGCGGGAGUCGUGCCCGUACAUACACCGGGCUUGCGAGGGACAGGAAGACAGCGAUAUCUGCUCUUGCGGACACCGGCGGCUCGGUAGAGACCACCACCACCACCACCACCACGCCAUGUCCCAUGCCAGCCACAACAGACAGGAUGAUGCAGUUACUGACACUCAGAGCGAGGACUCCGGAGUGUCAGAGUCGGAGUCUGACUCAGAACUGAGGGAACUCAUGUCAGACGAUCAGGUCGAGGCGGUUAUCCGACAGCAUCCCGAUAGCGGUCGAGCCUACGUCACGUACUCGCAGACGUCACCAGAUGCAGAAAUGCGUCUGGGCUCCGCUGCACAUCUGGACCUCAGGGCCAAACCCUUGCCUUCAGACCUCCAUUCCAAGAAAUCAUCACCCGUAGAAAUACGACUAAAGCCAUUUGUCUCCAGAGAUUAUAAGGCAUCUCCCCUCUCGGCUGCGGAGUUGCGUCUUAAGCCUGCUUCCUGCAGGGAGCUGAAAUUGGUUCCUGCGUCUUCCGGGGAGGUUCGGACUGCGAGAGCUUCCCCUUCAGAUGUUCGAGUGCCGUCUACGGUCGGAGAAUUGACAGCUGAAGAUACCUGGGGUUCGAAACCUCCCACGACGCAAAGAGAAGUGAUAUGCCUCCCUAUUUCGCCAGGAGAGGCUCAGAAGUCACACACCAGCCUCGAACGGAGAUCGAGAGAGGCAGCCAAUCGUUCACAGCCUAAAAAGACUAGCCAAAAAGUGCGCCCAGUAUCGGCCAAAGACUUACAGUGUGUGCAUGUAUCCAAAGACUUCCCCGUACAAGACCAAAGUAAACACAGAGUGAAAGAGCGAUCAGAUAGAGGGAAGUCUGUUACUCUAGUGGAGGGGGAACACGGGGAAAUUAUGUUAGUAACUAGAACUUCGGAGGGAAAGAGUAUGAAAGGUGGCAGCAGACAUUGUGCGCCAGUGUUUCCUAGUGUCAAAGUUUCGGACUCCUGUGAGAGCCAGGCACUGCCCACCAAACCCGUGACUCUCCCUAAGGCCGCGGCCAAAAACAGCAGGACGAAGGCCUUGAGAAAAGCCAUGGCGAGGAAGGACGGGGUCUUGGAACACCCGUCGAACCUUCCUCCCUCCGUCGCGGCCUUGUACAGCCGGUCUGAAGAAGGUCAGACCGUUGUCAGUCCGGCAGGAAAGCGCACUUUCCACACCCCGCCCAACCCAGACGUGUGCAGGAGGGAAAGUUCCGUAUGACCCCGGCCUACUGACGACCUUCCUGCACCUUCUGUGUGACUCUCACCAUUCCCACCGACAGAACUCCAGCUGUCCCGCCGCAAGAGAAUGAAAAGUUCCAUUUCACCUCAUCCAUAAACAAAAUUAUUAAUUAAGCAAUGUAACCCCACCUGAAGUGGGUUAUAACGAGCAUUAUUUUGUAUCACUAAUUACAGCCUAUAAUUGUGUUGGAGACCUCAGGGGAUUUAGCAACUCUGACCUCUGCCAAAGAGCUUUUUUUUUAUAUAUAUAUACAUAACCUCAGUUAUUUACUCACAAACUUCCAAUCCAGGUGUAUGUGUUAACAGGCAGGUAUCCUACCAGGUACAGUUUAAUUGACUCGCCAGCCGGUGAACCAUGGCUUCGUACUUGCAUGUCCAUUUUCCUUUAAGUGUCUGUCAUAAGUUACAGGGAUAACCUGUCAAGUUCAGAGACAUAUAUAUAUAUAUAUAUAUAUAUAUAUAUAUAUAUAUAUAUAUAUAUAUAUAUAUAUAUAUAUAUAUAUAUAUAUAUAUAUAUAUAUAUUGUUUUCAUAUAAGUGUGUUGUUUUUGUAUUCGUGUAAUGUUAUGAAGAAAUGAAUGAGAUAAUAUUUUUUUAUUAUGAAAAAUGUAUAAUGGGUUUAUUACGUUGAGCUACCUCCAGGUCUCUAUUAUUUUGUUUAGUUUAAUUAAAUGUUUGACUGUAUGUAUGUACACGACAAACACAGAAGCGCAUACACACACACACACACACACACACACACACACACAUACACACACACACACACAGAUACAUACACAACACACACACACAGACACACACACACACACACACAGAUACAUACACACUCACAUACAUGUUAUCAUGUGUCCACAUGUGCCAUGAUCUUUCAUUCGUGUGUCUGUGUGUGUGUGUGAGUGUGUGUGUGUGUGUGUCAACUCUCACACAUACCUCAAUACAUUUGUCAUUAUAAAAUACAAUGAAUGACCAGUAUUGAAUCUUCCAUCGUGUACAAUGCCAAUACAUUUCUCAUAUGCAUAAUAAAUAUAUAAUUUAUAAUGAAA